GAAUUUGGAAUACGGAACAAGGUGCAAAGCAAGCCGUCUGGGAUUGGGACGCCAUUUUGAAGUUCUAUUCGCAGUGACAUAAAAGUAAAAUAGAUUUUUUGUGUUUGCUUGCGCGAAAUUAGUUUUUAGUGUGUUUCAAAGCUUUUAAAAGAGAGAAGGAAACUAAAAUGCCGGGCGCCGGUACUUUCAAAAUCUUCGUCGGGAAUCUUUCCGAUAAAACGACGGACGCCGAUCUCCGACCGCUAUUCGAGAAAUUCGGUACUGUCGUAGAAUGCGAUAUCGUCAGAAAUUACGGUUUCGUGCACAUGGAAAACGAGCAAGUCGGCCGCGAAGCAAUUCAGAACUUAAACGGAGAAAUAGUGCAUGGGCAAGCGAUUAAAAUAGAAGCGGCUAAGAGCCGAAAGGCGCCGACGACGCCGACCACGAAAAUAUUCGUCGGUAAUCUAACGGACAAGACGCGCGCGCCCGAGGUCCGCGAGCUGUUUCAGAAGUACGGCACGGUGGUAGAGUGCGAUAUCGUGCGUAACUAUGGCUUCGUGCACUUGGACGCGUCGGGCGAUGUGAACGAGGCUAUCAAAGAGCUGAACGGUAUGAUGGUGGACGGGCAGCCGAUGAAGGUUCAGCUGUCCACGAGUCGCGUUCGCCAGCGGCCCGGUAUGGGCGACCCCGAGCAAUGCUACCGUUGCGGGCGCGGAGGCCACUGGUCCAAGGAGUGCCCGAAGGCGUUGGGCCCCGACCGCAACGGUUUCCGCGAUCGAGCUUUCGGCCGCGACCCCUACCCCCCGCCGCCGCCGCCGCCGUUCCUCCGCGAUCGCAUGAUGGGAGGAUUUGGGGAUCCAUAUGAUGGGUAUUAUGACCGUGCGAGAUUUGACUCUCCUCGAGAGCUUUUCGAACGGAGGUAUCCGGUUGGUGCUUCCCGGGGGCUAGAAAUGGGAGCUUCCCGAGGAGCCCGAGGGGACUUUGUAUCGCCACCGCUUCGCCGUGAGCCCAUGCCCCCAAUGCCAAGCCUACCGCCGAUGCGUAGCAGUAUGGCUUCCAUGAGGUCAUCGUAUGACGCCAUGUUCAGCCGCAGGAGUCCCCCACGGGGGCCACAGAUGUCCCGUGGAAUGUAUGAAGAUUUCAGCCGUGACACAUUUGAUGAUAGAAGACCGGGAAUGCGUGGCCCAUCACCACCUAGAAGAUACGCGCCUUAUUAAGAAUAUAUAUUAAUUUAGUCAUUACACAUUUUGUGAUACCACUUGACUGUCUUAUGAAUCGUUUGAGAUUUGUAUAGGACAUAUUAUUUGUAAGAGUGUCUGAAGGUGACUUGCAAUUUAAUGUAGUAUGAGGUGAUUGAAUGGCUGAGCUUAGACUGGUAUUUUGAAAGAAUGUAAUGUAAAUAAAUUAAAUAAAUCUCUAUAAGUACAUUUAAAGUACCUUUUAUUCUAUAUUACCUUUAUCAUCUAUACAUAUAAUAAAACUGUAAAUAGCAGAUGUCUGUACAUUUUAUAUUUUUGUAAUAAAAGUGAUUGAGGGGUACUAAAAAUAAGUAAUUAAAUACAUUUCUACCAUUUUUAGAAUUUUCUGUCUGUCUGUCUGUCUGUCUGUCUGUUUGUUUGUUAACGUAUCACGUAUAAAGUACUAAUUUAUAUCACAAGAAUUGUUAAGGAAAUUAUAAAGUGUAUCUUCGGGUUACAUUUAGUCUUUAUUUCAUUAAAAUCAGUUCAUUCCAUCAAAAGUUAUGAUAAAUAUUCUGAAGUGUGGGUAGGGAAGUAUAGGUACGAAUUUGCUCAACGGUGGCUUUGUUUGAGUCGUCAAGUGCAUUUUAAACUAAUAUCAUAUCAUAAAUCAUAGUUAAAUUAUGUAAAAUAAUGAUAUAAUUAUGUAUAUCUAAAACGCAGUAAACAAAAGUAUUAAAGAACGUAUUAAAUAUAUUAUACAAAAAUAUAUUAACCUUAUUAACUAAAUCUGAAGCACAAUAGUUAACCCAUUUCUUCGAUAGAUGGUGGUGUUGUGAAAAUGUAAUGCAAUUGCAAUGUGGUUUUUUCCUGUAGAUGAGUUUUCAUAUUUACUGCUAAUCUUUAUUAUAUUACUCGCUGCCCUACUGCGUGUUGACAAACUCAAUUUAUUCUUUACCGCCGAGUACUCUAUGUGGUAAAUCAAAUUUUAAAAGAGCUAUUAACAAUUGCGUUGGUUUUGGCGAGAGUCAAACUUUAUUUUUUGCUUACUGUGCAGGCACUGAUUUAUAAGUUCUCUUGCGUUUUAUAUAAUGUAUCAAUCGCGUCAAUUAAUCUCUUUUAUUUUUAGAAUUGAUGUUAGCAGCGCCAUCUCUCUUUAAAUAUAUACAUAUAAUAAAAAUGAUGAUAACAUGUGUCUCUUUCUGUACAUUGUAUAUAUAUUUUGGUGGCUAAAAUCAUUAUGGGGAACUGAAAAUAAUUAAAUAAGAACAUUUUAUAAUUUUUAGAAUUGUCUGUCUGUUAUUAUAUGAACGCAUCACGUCU